AUGGCCAUUCUAAGUCUUUCACAAUGGGAUCCUUUCAAGCUGGACGCUCUUGGUCUAGUGACUCUCUUUGGGGCCAAGGAGAUGAACACGUCUAUUGGCAACCUCACAGAAAGCAAGUUCACCGAGUGGCUCCCGAUUUUGGGAUCCUAUGCUGUCGCCAACAACGAGAUUGCAGAACCGGAACAGGGCUUUGUUCUGUAUAACAUCACCGACGGUAUCAUGGCAACGGACGUGUCCAGUUGGUUCACUCGCUGGUUAACAUCUUAUCCCAUAACAUACAGUGCCACAACAAUCCACUUGAAGACGAAUGGCAAACCCGUACCGACCGCACGCACAAUAUGCUCGCUCCUGAUCGGACUAUUUACCUGCGGACUCCUUCUCAUCAUGACCAUAAUGACAGCAGACUGGUGGGGGGUAGCGAACGUUACCGCUCUUUGCUUGAAUGUGCUCAUAAGACAACAAAUGGUUCUCAUGCUGCGUUCGUCAGUCAACAAGGCAAUGGAAGACUUGGCCGACAACCCGGGGCCAGACGUAAAGGUGUUUCUCACUCUCCCGAAUGGCAAAGCAGUAACGAUACUGGGGCCGCGUCAGGUUUUAGUGGGCGUCAUACUGACAGACCCUCAUCCUCUACACCCCAAGAUUUACUUUUUUUGGAGGGCUGCGGCCUGGGGAGCUUUCGGUACACACGCCGUCUCCUUGGGUAUGACCACUCUAUUCAACCAGAUACUAUCCAUUGUGGCACUUUUAAGCAGCACUUAUUUAACGGCGAUCCAUGUGGGGGACCGGCGAGAAGCCAUUGGUAAGAGGCUUUGGCUUGAGGUAGAAAUGGGUGAUCCGUCAUGGUCUCGUGGCCCUGCAUAUGCUAGGAUGGCAAUGUCAGAAGCGGAAGAGCAGUCAAUGGUCAGUUGGGGGCUGAUGCCUCAGAGGUCAAAUACCCAGUGGUGGAAGAGGUACCGGGACAGAUACCCAGAAACCUGUACAAAGCAGCAAGGGGGGUUGGAGAAUGGGACUUGA